AUACCCUCCCAAGUCCCAAGUGGACUGAAAGUCUGAAACCCUUUUAUCUUCACUCUUUCAGCCAGUGCCCCGGAAAUUCACACACACAUAGAGGAGGAACUGGCUGAAGGCCUCUCGUCUCCCACGGCUGGUCUCUGAACUCCAAUUGGAUCUGUUCGGUGGGAAAAAGCUCUUUUGUUUAGGGUUCUGCACUUCUUUGACUCCAACUCUGCGUAACGAGUAAAACCAACGAAUUCUGCAGCCAUGGCAAGCACCAAAGUUCAAAGGAUAAUGACCCAACCCAUCAACCUGAUUUUCAGGUUCCUUCAGAGUAAAGCUCGCAUUCAGAUAUGGCUUUUUGAGCAGCGAGACUUGCGGAUUGAGGGCCGAAUCAUUGGCUUUGAUGAGUACAUGAAUUUGGUUCUGGAUGAAGCUGAAGAAGUCCACAUCAAGAAGAAGAGCAGAAAAACUUUAGGGCGGAUUCUUCUUAAGGGAGACAACAUAACUCUGAUGAUGAGCACGGGAAAAUGACGAUGAUUCCAGCAAUUAUGUAAAUUGGCUUUGUGUUGCCUUUUGAAUUCUAUGGAGGCCUAUCAUCUUUUAUUUUACUGUUAUGUCAGAUAGAUAUGGACAUCAUGUAUGGUUAGUAAACUUAUGAAAAUUUUAGAUGGCAGACCCACGAUGAGUAUGCUUUUACUCAGUGAGACUAUGUAUUUGGUGUUGGCUUUGGCACGAAAACCUUUUGGUUGUGAUGCACUGACAAAUGACGUGCCAAGAAAUAUCAAUUUUGAAGACCAUUUAUGCUGUCAAAUGGCCAAGAACCAAUAACAGUUGUGUUUGAUUGA